UUCUCAGCUGUUCAGAGAAUCAUGGUGAGAUGUUUCGUAUUUGACCACGAGCCUCCCCAGCCCAUUACUGUCAUAAAGACCGUACCAAAAAAAGCAGAUCUAAUCAGGUCGAUGUGCGUUCAUUGAGAGGAAAUGUUUAAGACUGCAACCACAAGAGUACGUGCAUACGCUCGCUUAUUUGUGUCUUUGGUUGUGAGCGACUCAUUUGCCGUUACUACAGAUCUCUGGAAGCACGUUGCUGGUGUCUAUGAUUAAGAGCAGCCACUGGCAGGGCUGCUGCGCUCUAGCCCUAUCUGGAGGAGCACACCCCAUCUUAGUGGGAAGCUCACGCAGUCUCCCCCCUCCUUCCCUGGCAGGGAGCAGUCAGCAUGGAGGAUACCACAGCCAUAGUCACAGCCACCACAGACCAUUGUGCACCAGUCACCAAAGCAGCAUUGCAGCAGGCCCCAGGUUAUGAGGAGGAAGCCGGGGGCUGGGACAUAGGAACAGGAAGUGCAGGUUGGAACCCACAGAGUGCUGCUGCUGCGAUGGAACUUCCCGUUCUCACGCAGCCUGGCUUGGGGGUAACCAAGACGACAGUGACCACGAUCACUCAGACUGGAGGGGACUGGAACAGCAGCCUGUUCAACGUGUGUGGAGACGGGACAACAUGUCUCUUAGGGGCCUUUGUGCCCUGCUGCCUAGACCUGAGUCUGGCCCACCACUAUGGGGAGUGUCUGUGUUUGCCCCUGCUCCCUGGCUCCACGUUUGCCAUGCGGGUGGGCAUCAGGGAGAGAUACAAGAUACGGGGCAGUGUCUGUGAGGACUGGACCACGGUGUACUGCUGCUACCCCCUGGCUGUCUGUCAGAUGAUCCGAGAGAUGAAGAGGAGGAUGAAGAGCCAGACCUACCAGGUGUCCACUGCACUGGAGUGCUCCUGACAACAUGGCUGUGCACUAGGUUCAUUAAUCCAGGUUAGGACAACAUCGCAUUCAUGUAUGUUAUGGGAUAUUAGAAUAUUCAUGACCUAACCUUGGUAUCUAUAACAACCUUGGCUGUGUAUAGAACCUUCAGAGGCUCAUGUCAUUUAAUUUGUACAUCACAGGUGUCUGCAUAUUACUAUGUCACAGAUGUUUAUGUUGAUUAUUGUAGGUGUCAUCAUACUACAGGUGCCCAUUUGGUUUCUUAUGCUCUCUCAUUAUCAUCCGAGGUUUCUGAGGACUUUCCUGUUAAAGAUGAGUCUGUAUAUGUUAAAUGAAUGAUGAGUUGGUUGAGUUAAGAUCCAUUUGGUUAGGGAUAAUUUUCUUUAUUUGGGAGUGGGGACUUGCAGGAGGUUUAGUGUUUUAUCCCAUUUACUAUCUGUAACAUCAGAGCUACUUUACCAGACAAGGGUUAUAAAUGUUUGUAAAUGAAGUUCAUAGCCAAGUUUAUGAAAAAAUCCAUGUACGCCAUGAAAUAAAAACCUAUUUGCAUA